AUGCCAUACUUCCGCAUAACCCUCAUGCGCUCGGGAAUCGGCAUGCCGCAAAAAACCCAAGGCGUACUGCACGCGCUCGGCCUACGCAAACGAAUGACUACAGUCUACCACCCGGUGUCGCAAUCCGUGGCUGGGCAAAUCAUGCGCAUCAAGGAAUUGGUGGAUGUGAAAGAGGUCGAGUACCCCAAGACCAAGGAGCAGAUGCGUAAGGAGAGGCGGCCGGAGAAGGGGUAUUAUGUUGAGAUGAGGGCGGGGGAGGCGAUGGGUGUGUUGGAGUAG